GGCGGGCGGGCGGGCGGUGGGAGAUGGCGGAGUAUCUGGCCUCCAUCUUCGGAACAGAGAAGGACAAGGUGCGGAGGAUUUCCCCGACUGCUGCAUCCUGAUCCUCAGGCUUCUGCCUGCAGCCUUCCACGCGUCGGGAACGCCUCUAGUUUCUCUGGUGGCUGGAAGCGUACUUACAAAACCCUCCUAACGAAAAUUUGGUCACCGUCGGCCUGACCAAACCAACGUGUUUUUCCACUCGUUAAAAUGAAAAGGGGCAUCGAUGUGCUGCUGGACUAAAUUACGCUUGUCAGCCCUUGGCCGUGGGGCUGCUUUUUUUUUUUUUUCCCUUCUACUUUGUAGCCCUACAUGCCAGUUCCAAUUCACUCGUCUGUCAGAAAAGCAAUAUCGGCAGCCGCUCUUGAGCUCUGUUCCUGUAGCAUCCAUUCUGAUAUAAUGCAUCACGGUUUAUUAGUGUAUGCCUCAAAUUCCUGUACUGGUCUCGUUCUCUGUUCAGAAAGCAAGCAGAACUCUCCAGAAAGUGUUGAAGCUGGAGGCACUAUUGGCAAUUUUAUAGUUAGGUGUCUUUUUUGUUUCAGGAUAGAGUUCAGAAAAGACAAGUCAACUGUUCAUUUUAUUUCAAAAUUGGAGCUUGUCGUCAUGGAGACAGGUGUUCUCGGUUGCACAACAAACCAACAUUUAGCCAGGAAGCGAUGCUGUUGUAAGCUUGCCUGUAGUAGAGACCAACCAGUGCUAACUUUCAGACAACUUGAUUUUAAGAAGAACGGUACAAAUACCAUCUUGAUUCAAAACAUCUAUCGUAACCCCCAAAACAGUGCACAGACGGCUGACGGCUCACACUGUGCCGUGAGUGAUGUUGAGAUGCAGGAACAUUACGAUGAGUUCUUUGAGGAGGUCUUCACAGAAAUGGAAGAAAAAUACGGGGAAGUUGAGGAGAUGAACGUUUGUGACAACCUUGGAGAUCAUCUAGUUGGAAACGUAUAUGUAAAGUUUCGCCGUGAAGAGGAUGCAGAAAAGGCUGUGAUUGACCUGAACAAUCGCUGGUUUAACGGACAGCCCAUUCAUGCUGAGCUUUCACCUGUGACUGACUUCAGAGAGGCCUGUUGCCGUCAAUAUGAAAUGGGAGAGUGUACACGAGGAGGUUUCUGCAACUUUAUGCAUUUGAAGCCCAUUUCUAGAGAGUUACGACGUGAGUUGUACGGGCGUCGUCGUAAAAAGCAUAGAUCCAGGUCGAGGUCCCGUGAACGUCGGUCUAGAUCCAGAGAUCGUGGUCGUGGAGGUGGUGGUGGUGGAGGAGGAGGACGUGAACGUGAUAGGAGGCGGUCAAGAGAUCGUGAAAGAUCUGGUCGAUUCUGAGCCAUGCCAUUUUUACUGUAUGUCUGCUAGAAAGUGUUGUAGUUUGACCAAACAAGUUCAUAAUGAGAUUUUUUUUAAAGAUGGGCUUCUGAAUAAAAAAAUUUGUAGUGAUACAGUAUUCUUUGUGUAACUUGUUUCUUGUUGGGGGGGGGAGUCUUUUUAACUGUCAUUCCUCUAUCUUGACAAAUACCUGAAUUAACUAUGCCUGAGGGAAAGGUGGUAAAUGUAUUGGAGGAGCGCCAGUUUGGGGUUUGGGGUGGUUUGUUUUUUUUUUUCAUUCGGGUAUAAUUUGAACUGUUGAUGAAAAAAUGUAUGUGUAUAUAAUAUAAAAUAUUAUAUACAUAGUAAAAAUAAUAUACGGCUUAAGAAACAGUUACUCACAUAAGUUUCCCUUUUCUGCUAUGCUGUCUGCUUAUUUAGGUUAGUUUAGGCACAUUUAAAAGGAAGGCUGUGCAAAGUGCAUUUAUUUACCAAGUAGAAACGAUUAGUUACAAAAAUGUAUGUUUGUUUGUUACCAGAAGUCUGUGCUCUGUCUAUCAAUGUGACUGUGGCAUUUACAAUAAAUCCAAUUUCUUGGUGUAAAAUCUAAAGCCUAUUUUCUAAGCACUCCAGAGUAGUUGAGUUGCUACUCCUGGCUGUGCCAGAGUUCAUAAUUCAAUUUUUUUUUUUUAUGAUUCUUCUCUAAAUUCCUUGUCUUUGGCUGCAAAGAAGGUUCCUAGUGCAGUGUGGAAACAAGUAAUAUUUUUAUUGCAAUGAUUCAUAAUAGGCAGGAAAGGGUUUUUUUUAAAACUUAUGCAACGUGAUGCAUAGGAUCUAUUGAAGGAAAUGCAAGGUCCUAAGUACAAGGACCAACCAAACUUCUUAACAGAAUCACUUUUUUUUUUUUCACUGUUCUCUUGGCUGUCAUUUAAUGAAAAUCAUUUGUUAGCAUUCAAGGUCAUAGGAAACUAAUUGGAUGCUAAGGGAAAAUCUUUUUUUUUUUCACCUUCAUUUGCUUUCUGAUAGUCUGAAGUUUGAUAAAAGAUAAUGGAUAGGUGGCAGCUUCACAAAUGGAACAUCUUUUUCUGUCUUGAGUUUUGAACUGCACAAUAGUUGUACAUUGUAGGUUGCGUAUCUCUGAAGGAGUUAAAGAUCUAAUUGAUAUGUCACUGGAGCAUCUCAAGAAAUUGUACAGUGGCUGACUUGCAGUUUUAACUUCAUUCAUGUCUGCUUUAACAGUGUAAUGUAGGAAGACAUUUUGGUCAGUGGUUGUAUUUCUGCAAGAUACAAUUUCAUAUACAUGAAACUAUGUAAUACAAUACAGCUUUCCAAUGGGGAGGAGAAUUUAGUAAGUGCUUUUUCUUUAGUUCUGAUUCAGGUAACUUGCUGAACAAUAAAUCUGCUCCUUGAUUAUUCAGAAAAAAGGAUAUGGAAGUAUCCCAUAGCCAGAUUAACAAACCAGUUUCUCUGUGCCUCCAGAAUAAGUAUAAAAACAUUUUGCUCACUGGAACUUGGAUUUGGCAGACAAUACUGAAACAUAAGCCUUUUCUAAAUCUGCUUUGCCUCUUGAACAAAGUUCUUGCACCAGUUCAAUUUGAGUUUAUUUUGUUUGCGCUGAGUGGUUUGGCCAACCAGACUGUGGAACUUAUUUUGCCAGUAACCUUCUCAAAGAAAUGUAUCUCUGUAGGUGAAGAUGACUUCACUGCUUAUGUUUUGUGCAAGUACAGAAAUCAAAUUAUGCUUUCUUUUCACUGGGAGAAGUUGGAACAGUGCCAGGCCAUAAAUGGCUGAACUGUGAAAUCUGUGGCAUUUUGUGAAGCAUUAAGAAUUUGACAUUUGAUAAUUUAGUUCUUGCUACUUACAGGAUAUUAAUCCGGUUCCAUUUCCUCUUGAAUGAGAUUUAGGAUUAGCAGUGAGCCAAUUUAAACCUCAAGUUCAAAAAGGUGAGGGCACCUUCUGGUUUUUAGAACAGUAUCUAAUACAGCAUAGAUGUACAAAAGGCUUAAGACUGUUUUUACACAGAUUAAGACACCAGGUGAUGUGCUCUAUAAACAACUUCUAAACUAAUAUAAAUGUGUUCCUGUAAUAGCUUUCAUCUGUUUACCUUAAACUAAGCUGCAAGUAUAGUUUUGUGUGAACAGAUAGCAGAAGGCUGAUUUCUUCCUCCCUUUUCCCCCCCAGUACAAUUUUUCAUAUCAAUCUUCAGUUCCAUCAAAUGCAUUAUGUUGUGGUCUGAUUGCACAGCUACCCAAAAAUUAACAUGUAACUGGAAUAUGUCAUAAUGGGCACUGAAAGCAAAGGAUUUUACUGGGUACUUGAAGGAAAAAACUCAUACAUUGAUCAUUAUCCAAUUGUGUAAUGAUUAUCUAAUGACAGCAUUCAGCAUACUAAGCUCAUGAUCUAUCUUCGAUGAGGUCCACCUUUCAAGGCCAAAUACUACCAGUAAAAUUCAUCAAACUUGAAAUGUAAACUUGGCAAAUUUGGUUACACACGGUAGUCCGAGCUCUAUUGUUUUAGCAAUACGAACCAAGUUGAAAUCCUACCUCCCCCUUCUACUGUUGCUCACUCUGUCUUUCAGUAAGGGUUUUUCUUCCCCCUCCUCCCCGAGGUACCUACUUCUCACAAAUACUUCAUUGUUGACCCUUUUGUUAAGCAGUGGAUUUCAAUUUAUGGAGUUCCUUUACCUCAAAUAAGUGACAGCAUACAGUAUUUCCUGAAGUCUGAGUCAAAUUAGGUUGAAACUGUUAAUCCCAAGUGGCUUCCUCUUCUUUGUAUUUGGCUCUUAUUCUGUGAAAAUGCUGCUUGUCCAUGAAUAUGAUGUAUGUUGAGACUGUAAAACCAAAUGGAGAAAAACUUGUUCAAAAUAAAGCCUUUUUUUUUAUAAGAA